GCGGACACUGAAACAGCGCUUGCGGGAAUCGGUGGAGGAGGAGAGAGGCGAAGGCAAACGGAGCUGCUGCUGUUGAUGGUGGCAUACUAACGAACCACGGAUCCACCCGGUACUUCCCUGCUCAAGCUCAACACCGGCGGCGGCGGACGCGAGAAAGACACGCGUUACCGAGUCGUCGAAGACCAAACAGCUAAUUGGUUUGAGUCCUCAGUGACAGCGGUUCGUUCAAACUUCAGUAACGUUAGCUAACGAUAGCUGCUUUGCCGGUUGUGCAAUUGCGCGUGUUGAAUCGGACUCGCCGUUGCUACUAGAGCCGUUAUUCCCCAGCAACGGAAUCCACCAGCCGUUGAUCACCGUUACCGUUUAAAGUUUGUUCUGGCGAUUUUGGCUCCUUUUGUCGGAUCUGGGAGCCGCUGAAGGAAACCGGGCGGUUUUUUUAAGGAGCUUAAAACGCCGUCCAACGAUGGAGAACGCACACACGAAGACAGUGGAAGAAGUUUACAGCUAUUUCAACGUCAACGAGAGCACCGGGCUCAGCCUCGACCAGGUGAAGCGGCAGAAGGAGAAGUGGGGACCGAACGAAUUGCCAGCAGAAGAAGGAAAAUCACUGUGGGAGCUGGUUGUGGAACAGUUUGAGGAUCUCUUAGUCAGGAUUCUUCUUCUAGCCGCAUGCAUAUCUUUUGUACUGGCCUGGUUUGAAGAGGGAGAAGAGACCAUUACGGCUUUUGUGGAGCCUUUUGUAAUACUGCUAAUUCUUAUAGCCAACGCCAUCGUAGGGGUCUGGCAAGAAAGAAAUGCAGAAAAUGCCAUCGAGGCCCUCAAGGAGUAUGAGCCCGAGAUGGGCAAAGUCUAUCGGCAAGACAGGAAGAGUGUGCAGAGGAUCAAAGCCAGAGACAUCGUGCCUGGGGACAUUGUGGAAGUCGCGGUGGGUGACAAAGUUCCUGCAGAUAUCCGCCUGACUUCAAUCAAAUCCACCACACUAAGAGUGGACCAGUCCAUUCUGACAGGAGAGUCUGUAUCGGUCAUUAAACAUACGGACCCAGUCCCGGACCCACGCGCUGUUAACCAGGACAAAAAGAACAUGCUGUUCUCUGGCACAAACAUUGCGGCAGGUAAGGCCGUUGGCGUGGUGGUGGCCACGGGUGUGAACACCGAGAUCGGGAAGAUCCGUGACGAGAUGGCGUCCACGGAGCAGGAGCGCACUCCACUGCAGCAGAAGCUGGACGAGUUUGGAGAGCAGCUUUCCAAGGUCAUCUCUCUCAUCUGCAUUGCUGUGUGGAUUAUCAACAUCGGCCACUUCAACGACCCCGUUCACGGUGGCUCUUGGAUUCGCGGAGCAGUCUACUACUUUAAGAUCGCCGUUGCAUUGGCGGUAGCUGCCAUCCCCGAGGGGCUCCCAGCAGUCAUCACCACCUGCCUGGCCCUAGGCACCCGACGUAUGGCCAAGAAGAACGCCAUCGUUCGCUCCCUGCCCUCUGUGGAGACGCUGGGCUGCACCUCGGUCAUCUGCUCAGACAAGACUGGCACCCUGACAACCAACCAGAUGUCAGUUUGCAGGAUGUUCAUAGUUGACCAAGUGAAAGGAGACAGCUGCUCACUCAGAGAGUUCACUGUUACUGGUUCCACAUAUGCACCUGAAGGAGAAGUACACCAGGAUGGUAAACCAGUCAGAUGCUCUAAGUAUGAUGCUCUUGUUGAGAUGGCAACAAUCUGUGCACUGUGCAAUGACUCAUCGUUGGACUUUAAUGAGGCCAAAGGAGUCUAUGAGAAGGUUGGAGAGGCAACAGAAACAGCACUCACAUGUCUUGUGGAGAAGAUGAAUGUGUUUGACAAUGAUCUCAAAGGCCUUUCCAAGAUUGAACGGGCCAAUGCCUGUAACUCUGUAAUUAAGCAGUUGAUGAAGAAAGAGUUCACACUGGAGUUCUCGCGGGACAGGAAGUCCAUGUCUGUGUACUGCACCCCCAACAAAGCCCGGUCCUCCAUUGGCAAGAUGUUUGUCAAGGGUGCUCCAGAGGGAGUGAUUGACAGGUGUACACACAUCCGUGUGGGCAGUAAUAAGGUUCCACUGACGCCAGGUAUUAAGGAGAAGAUCCUGUCUGUGAUCCGCGAAUACGGGACAGGGAGGGAUACGCUGAGGUGCCUGGCGCUGGCGACACGGGACAACCCAAUCAGCAAAGAGGACCUGGUGCUGGAGGACUCGGCCCGCUUCGUGGAGUAUGAGACUGAUCUGACCUUUGUGGGCUGCGUGGGCAUGCUGGACCCCCCUAGGGCCGAGGUAGCUGCCUCCAUGAAGCUGUGUCGUCUGGCAGGAAUCAGGGUUAUCAUGAUCACUGGUGAUAACAAGGGCACAGCUGUCGCCAUCUGCAGGCGCAUUGGCAUCUUUGGCGAGGAUGACGAUGUCUCACGCAUGGCCUUCACAGGCCGCGAGUUUGAUGACCUGUCGCCUGCUGCCCAGCGGGAGGCUGUGUUGAGUGCCCGCUGCUUUGCCCGUGUCGAACCGUCACACAAAUCCAAGAUUGUGGAGUACCUGCAGUCCUAUGACGAGAUCACUGCCAUGACUGGUGAUGGUGUGAACGACGCCCCUGCUCUGAAGAAGGCUGAGAUCGGCAUUGCCAUGGGCUCUGGCACGGCUGUGGCGAAAACGGCCUCUGAGAUGGUGCUGGCUGAUGAUAACUUUGCCACCAUUGUGGCGGCGGUGGAGGAGGGUCGAGCCAUCUACAACAACAUGAAGCAGUUCAUCCGCUACCUCAUCUCUUCUAAUGUUGGAGAAGUGGUCUGCAUUUUCCUGACUGCAGCGUUGGGCUUCCCUGAGGCUCUGAUCCCAGUGCAGCUCCUGUGGGUGAACCUGGUGACGGAUGGUCUGCCCGCUACCGCCCUAGGCUUCAACCCCCCUGAUCUGGACAUCAUGAACAAGCCUCCUCGCAACGCCCGUGAGCCCCUCAUCUCUGGCUGGCUCUUUUUCAGAUACCUGGCCAUUGGCUGCUAUGUUGGUACCGCCACAGUUGGUGCUGCUGCAUGGUGGUUUGUUGCUGCUGAAGACGGGCCUAGAGUCACCUUUUACCAGCUGAGUCACUUCCUCCAGUGUGCACCUGAAAACCCUGAGUAUGUAGGCAUUAACUGUGAGGUGUUUGAGUCGCCAUACCCCAUGACCAUGGCUCUGUCUGUGCUGGUCACCAUUGAGAUGUGCAACGCCCUCAACAGUGUGUCUGAGAACCAGUCUCUGCUGCGUAUGCCCCCCUGGGAGAACGUGUGGCUGCUGGGUGCCAUCUGCCUCUCCAUGUCCCUCCACUUCCUCAUCCUCUACGUGGAGCCUCUCCCGAUGAUCUUUCAGAUCACCCCGCUGAACGUGACCCAGUGGCUGAUGGUGCUGAAGAUUUCCCUGCCGGUCAUCCUGCUGGACGAGAUGCUCAAGUUUGUAGCCAGGAACUACGUGGAGCCUGGUAAAGAGCUGGACAAGCCUGCGGGCAAGGCCUGCUCGCUCAGCGCCUUGACAGAGGGCAUCUCCUGGCCCUUUGUGGCUCUCUCACUCCCGCUGGUUCUUUGGAUCUACAGCACCGACACUAACCUGGCCGAAAUGUUCUGGUCCUGACUCAUAUGAGCACAACCCCACCCCUCACCCUCACCCUGUGUGUAGAUAGAGAGAACCUGUGUGUGCGUGUGAGUGCAAGUGUGCCUGUGCACCAGUGAAUGUGCACGACGAGGACAGAGUUAACACGAACAUAACAAUAAUAUAAAAAUGUAACUGUUCUUUUUAAAAACAAAUGUGUAGUGGGUAUGGAGGGGACCACAUAGAGCUGAAGUCUUUAAGUAUUAGUGACAGUUGUUGUUGUUGAUAUUAUUAUUAUUAUUACCACCACUGCUGGUUUGGUCUUUUUUUCUUGCCUUUUUUUUAAUAUUUAAUAAUUUGGAACCAUCAUCUAUCUUAAUUUCUGAGGUGUCAUUUCAAACUGAAUACUAAUUGUUUUUUUUUGGGGUUUUUUUUGUUUUGUGUCCUCCCAUUGAGUGCAUGAAGAAAAGCUCUGAUUUUGUGUACAGAGAUUGAACACUAUUUUAUACAAGUCGUGUCUGUGGUCCUAUAUUGAAUGCUCAGUCGGUCGGAGAGAGCUGGAGCAACAUGCAGGCUACGUCUAGGCAGCCGUUUAGAUCAGAUUUCUUUUUCUGCCCCAACCCCCCCCAACCAGGUUCGAUGCAUAUCAGAGAAUUUCCUUAAAGCCAUAAUGUACGAAGUCCGGAUUGGAACUAAUUUGACUACAUUUGUAUGCAUGUCUGCAACCUACCACCAUCAGGUAGCUUGUCUAAACGCACAAAUCUGUUGGAAAAGCCAUGGAAGUGAACAGGCCGAGCAUCCCAGACAGCUGCCUAAACGUAGCCAGAAAGAUCUAGAAAGAGUCGUUUACUUACGUUUACCAUUGUCUUCAGUUUGAAUGUUAAACUCUUUCAGAGCCAGUGGACAAGAGUGGACUGGGGCAGGAGCAUGGGCCGAGGGGGUGGGAGCGAAUGUUCGAAUGCAUCGACUAAAUCAGAUCCCGAGAGCUGCAUGUUCUGUAUCUUGCAUGCGUUACGUGUGGGUUUCAUUCAUGAUUUGUCUGUCUUCCCCUUUGUACAAUAACAACCUUGGUGUUC